AUGGAUAAAAAUAGUCUUCUAAAUUCGCUUAUAAAAUCGUACAAUAAUGCUCGUCCGUUUAAGAAAAAAGUUGAUAGUCAAAAAAAAGUCCAUAAAAUAUGGAAUGAGAUCAAAGAAAAGAAAGAUUUGGAGGAUCAAGUAAAGACUUUGAUCCAAAAGUAUACCUCAAUGGUAUUGAAACAAAAAGGUUUUUUAAUGUCAUUUUGGGCCUAUCAAACAACCAAGCGAUCUGUUCCUUCCCAUUCCAGUUAUUCCGCUUUAGAGUUCCAGUCCGAUACAAAUCAAAUUAUUGAGCCGAUAGAUAUCGUUGAUACCACGUCAGAUAUCUCUCGCCCUGACAUCCUAAGCACAGUUCAAAUUGAGACGAAGAAGGCCAAGACUCAUGCUCAAGACACAAUCAAAUCAGAAAUUGUUGUUUUGAAUCAAGAAACAGUUGCUAUGAAGAGAAGAAAAAGAAGUGGCUUAUGGGCCGAUGCUGAAGAAGAAACCUUUAAAAAGAAGAAGGCCAAUGUCCAGGAACUCACGACUAAUCUUAAUAAGUUGAUCGGCAACAUUAAGUCAAAACAAAAAUCAAGGGCUGAAAAAAAAACUGUCAUGAAUCAGGUGUUUGCUUACCACCCGGAAGUGAAAAAAGCUCUUAAAGUACGUGACGGAAUCGGUCGCCCUACUAUUGAGGUAAAACAAUCUGAGAUAUUGCGUGUCAUCAUACAACUUGCUGAACAUGGAUCUGCUGCCCACGAUAAAAGACAAUCUGAAGUGUAUAGGAGCCUUAAAUUGUUGGAUGAGCUUGGUGCCGAGCUCGAAAAGAGAGGUUACCAUCUGCAGAAGUGCUUUAUAUACUCGUUUGCUGCCAAAACGGAGUGAUUCGCUUGAAGAGACACGUCCACACGGUUCCAGUCAAGUUGAUGCGGGCUCAAAAUGACCUCCAUUCAAGUCACGUGGAUGGUCCAUUUUGUACAGUAACUAUAAAGAAUGUGGAAGAAGUUUGCUCUUUUUUGGGCCCAAAGGAUGUGUGCUUUAUAAGUCAAGACGAUAAAGCUCAGAUCCCUAUAGGAAUCACUGCUGCCAACAAACAAGCUCCUAUAUUGAUGCAUAUGGAAUAUCGAGUUUCUCUUCCUGAUCAUGAUUGGGUCAUCGCUGCAAAGCACAAACUCAUCCCGUCCGUAUACGCAGGUAUCGCAAUCAAACCAGAUGGGCUUGGAAAAUCUGACGCAGUUUCCCAUUCCGGUCCCACUUAUGUUGCUAUUCGUUCCGGAAAGCAUUCAUCAUCGACAGCGUAUGCUCACGGAUUGGACUUUGAACGACUUUUGACUCUGCCAGAGUUUGAUUCCAUUACAAAAGAUCCUUUGACCAAGUUGGUCAAGCCAGUAGUUGUCUUCAGUGUUGAUGGUAGAUCAGAUGAAAAUCCACGAUACGCUAAAGUCAUCGAAAUUGGUAUAUCCUUCUUUUUCAAGUUUUUUAUUGCGAUCUAUCAAUAUAAUUAUGUUUCUUCCAAUUUAAAUAUUUAUUUUGUUUACAGCAAUACAUCAUUUCCUUACAAAUGAUUUGGAUGCCUUAUUGAUCAUGACGAAUGCGCCAGGACGGAGUGCUUUCAAUCGAGCCGAAAAAAGGAUGGCUCCACUGAGUAAAGAGUUGGCAGGAUUGAUCUUACCUCAUGAUCAUUAUGGAACUCAUCUAGACUCUAAAGGUAUUCAAAUUCAUUUUUAAUAUCAACUCUUUAUCAAAAUAUAAAUAUAUACAAGGCAUAAAGAAAUAAUUAUAUGCCUUGCGACUUAUAUUUAAGGCAGGACAGUGGAUCUUCUUUUGGACAAACAAAACUUUAAGUUUGCUGGAAAUAGCUGUGCCUCCGUCUUUUCAGGUCUGAUGAUUGAUCAGUUUCCAACGGUGGCCGAGUAUAUCGAUCCAGACAACAAGACGGAGCUCGAUGUUCAUCAUCUCUUAUCAAAGGAUCAGGACUGGUUUGCCUCUCAUGUGCGCACCAGUCAAUAUUUCAAGCAAAUUGUGAAAUGUGAAGAUCCCGCAUGUUGCGCUUUGAAAAGGAGCUCUUACUUACAUGUUAUUCCUGGUCGAUUUCUGCCUCCACCUAUUCCAAUUAGCCAGUCAGAAAAUGGCUUGAAAGCUGUAGCCAUUUCAGAUGUUGCCAGCAAGAACCGUUUUUCUUCUGUAUUUUUUCUUAUCGCUUCCAAUAUUCAGAGCACCAUUCCUCGAUCAUUGAUAUCAUUCAAACUUCCUCCUUACGAUCUGUUUUGUCCCUCUGUGCAAUCAAGUUUGUCUCAGAGAAUCUGCAAGCAUUGUAACUUGUACUUUGCCUCCCAAGUCAUGCUCAAAAAGCAUGUCAGCGUUACUCAUUCCAAUGUUAUUAACCAAAUGGCUAUUACUUUUUCGCAAAUCAGGCCGGUUUGCAUUGCCGCCAAGCGCAAAAGAGAGUUAAUGGCUGUAAUUGCAAUAAAGGAGAACGCGGCCUUUGCUUAAUGGUUCGAUGAGGAUGAAAUCGAAACGGAGGGCCUACAUACUCCGAAUGAUUCAACUAUUUUAGGCGAACCCGACUGCUCUAUUCCAAUCAUAUCAAUUGAUGAUUAUUUAAAAAAUCCUUGGAUGGAUGAUGCGUGAGGCAAGUUCUCAUGACACACUUUAAUUAAAUUUAAUAUAUAGAAUAAGACUAAAAUAAUAAAUAAUUUUUUUUUCUUUUUCAGAAAGGCAAAGGAGCAAAAACAUACGUGGAAAUACCUAAUCAGCUCCUGAAUGAUAUUUAAACAGAGAAAAAUGUAAUUCACAUGUAACAAUUGUCAAUAAAAAUGCUUAAAUUAAGAAAGGAUUUUUU